GCAGACAUUUCGCAACCUGACCUCAACGUCCAAUAUGGCUGCCAUGCACAUAAAACAGUUUAUUUGUAAUUUUGACACUUUGUUACUCAUUAAACCAAUGUUUGAAAGUACAACAUGCAGAAAAAUGCAUUAUUCUAUUGCUAAUUGUAGGUAGUCAUGGUCACUCAGCAUGUCAAUUAACAAGUCCUGCUGGUUCUCUAACUUCAAGUUGAAACACGGUUAGCUUGUUUUUAAUGUCCUUACCAGAUCGAAAUGCUGAAUACUGAAGGAAAUGGAACCUAGCAUCAGAGCCUCCAGCACUUGUUCUUGAAUCACUGUCAUCCUUUUCAAUCUUAUCCACUGUGGUUUUCUUUGAGAAGUUUAUCAUGAAGUGAAAAUCAAAAAGCUUUGACAAAUCUCCUUUUGGGUUGUUGUUGGUUAUUACCUCUGUAUUAUGUGAGUUAAGUUCAUAUUUACCAUAAGAAAAAUUACUAGCCAACCAGCAUUUCUUCUAAGAACAAGUAAAGACAACCCAAAUGUUACAAAUUGUGUACUAAAUACUAAUACUAAAUAGUAAUAAUACUAUUCACGAUUUAGAGCCACAAGACUAAAAGAUUUUCCAUUAAAAAACUUAUUUUUCAUUAGUUUUUCUUGUUUUUUGCGGGGGGUUCACGUCUACAAUACUCUUUAAAUAACCGGCAAAUAUUUCGAAUAGAUAAACUAAAUAGGUUUUCAUAGCUACAAACAAGACAAUAAGAUUAAAAUAGAAUAUAAUAACCACUUAAACUAUAUCUGAAAAGAACUGAAAGUGGAUUAGCAAGUUCGUUAAAGCAAAAAAUUAAAAUAAAAGUUGGACGUCAGCCAAACUAACAAAGAACUCCGAAAUGAAAGCGCAACUGGGCGGCUGACGUGGAAAAACUAUUCGAUGACUCACUACUAUACUAAAUAAGAGCGAUGCAUAACGUUUACGGGGCAGCAUUUGAAUGCAUCAUUGGAAGUACUGGGCUGCGCGCUGGCGCUCCGAUGGAUGGGGGCAGAACUUUUUAACAGCACCCGUUUACACCGCGCUCAAAUAGUUUGUGGAUGCUCGACUGGAGACAAGAAGGAGUAACGCAACAUAUUCAUCAGUUACAUUUUAGUGGAAACUCUAUCCUGGACUAUCUAGCAGCUUUUUACAUAAAAGAGGGGAGAGAAAAGUGUUCUUCAAGAAUUAAGGGUGAGUUUAUUCUGAAUUGACAUUCCAGACUUCUUUAUAUUUUAGAAAGUCAGGUUUUGAGCUCUCACUUUGAAAAGGCAUUUUACCUUUUUUUCAAGAUCUGCUCUUUAUUAUUGAUCGUUUAUUGUGGUGGAAUGAUUUUGUGUUUGUCUUAUGCUCUGUAGGAGUUUUUGUUCUUAACCAAAAUCAUGUUCACAUCCUACAUAAAGACUCUCAAUGAUAUGGUAUUUUCUACGUCUGAGGGCCCCGAGGAGCAUCCGAGUACUGGAGUCUUGGGCCGUAUCGGCAGUUGGUUCUCUCCAUGGAGGGGAAAUUCUCCAAAGUCCCUGGAUGGAAGUGAUUUCUCAGCUUCUGAUUUUGCUCAGAGGACAGAAGGUGAAGACGAGAGUGAGGACUCUGUGAGGAUCCCAGCAAAGGAACGGCAGUGGCAGGAGGAGGGGGAUACAAGUUCACUUGGCCUCUUUGAAGAGUUUCUCUCUUGUGAAGAGGACGCCACGCAGUCUGCCCACAGAGACGUCUCAGUUGUGUGCAGCACUGAGACAGGAGAGGGAGGUCCAAGGGAGGAGCUUGCAGAGAGGUGGAAACAGAGAACAGGGCAGGGCAAAGAGACAGAGAACAGCAACACUCCUUCAGCAAGUGGGAAUCCUGAGAGGAAUGUCAGUUAUCUGACACAUCUUUCAUCUUCAUCUAAACAGGGAGUGGCGUGGGACUUUGACCAGGCCCAGACCCAGCCACACGCACUGAGACAAGUGCAGGCUCAGGCAGGUAGGAGGCUCCAUGUGUACCUCGAGGAAACUAGCGUGAUUCAAUGUGGCCAGGACACCUGUGCUGGAAAGGAAGUUGUUUGCAAAACAGUCAAAAGGAGCUUACAGGUCCUCAGAAAAUCCAAAUCAUCGCCAGGUUUUGAUUUAGCAGUCAGCUCAAGUCCAGUAAAUGCUGAGAAAAAUGUGAGGCCAGCUGCCUGCGCACAGAGUUAUUACAGUGUUCUAGGGGGAGUGUCGCUCAAAACACACAAAGACUCGUGGUUAGAGACUGAGCCUGAGCAAACAAAGGCAGACGACAUGGGGCGUAAAAACUCAAACAGGAGAAGAAUCAGGAAGAAUUCUCAAGGAGAUAGAGUCAAAAGCCCCACAGAAAAAAAAAACAGAAAUGCUCAAGCUGCAGAUGAAUUCCCUCCAGCAGGUAGCUCUGCAGACAGUCCACAGGGCAAAAGUCCGAACAAUCACCUGGAAGAGGCAUCCGCAGACUCCUCCUUUAAGCCAAGCCCCUCCUUACAGGUCUCACCUGAAGGAGGAGAAAGCAAGAUUUCCUCCACAGAUAUGGUCAAGCAGUUGGACAGGUUCCAGAACUCAAUCUCAGUCCCUGCAGCCAGCCAGACGGGCACGGUAGACGUAGGAGCAGACAUGGAUGAGGAUGAGAGCCUUUACAAAGUACAGAGGAAGACUGAAACACCAGAGUCCAAACGCAGGAGUAUUAAGGUUUCCAAAAGUGAAGUUAAGAUGUUUCCAAAAAAUAUUCCUCUUAAACCAGAACAAAACACAACAGAAGAUCAUCAGGAUGUCAGCAAUAUGUUAAAGGAAAUCACAGAAGAAGAGCAGCCCAAAACAGAGACUGAUGCAAGUCCCCCCGAUCCAAAGAAGGUUGCUGAAGAGCACAAACCUGUUGCUGGCCAGAUUGCGGAUAAAAUCAGCCUGUUUGAGCAGAAAAGACAAGAUGCGGGUUUCAAAAAGACCUCCCAGACGCCAAGAAGUGCCAAUGUCUCCCCAACCCGAACUGUCCCAGACAGGUUAAAAACUGAUUUACUUUCGUCUGAGCAGAGGUCUAAAUCUGCUGAACGUUAUGGCAGGUACGGCAUUGCAUCAACUGACGGUGAGAAACCAAUGACUAUUAAGGAACGAAUGAGAAAAUUUGCAGAAGCUUCAAAGUCACAAACAAAACCAGUGCCGAAUCAGAGGCCACCUUUAAAAGGAAUGUCUCAAAAAUCCCACUCAUCUGUGGCUGUUCCUUCAUCAAAGUCCUCAGGACUGGACAUUCUGGAUAAACUUGAUACCAAAGAGCCAAUACAGACAAAAACAAAGUCAGAGAUAACAACAAAACCAGAUGGACAGGAAAUUUCUGCUGCAGGGGUACAGAUGCCCACUCAAGAACUGCAGCAAAUGAACUCUAAAACUAAUGAAACAGAAACAAAGGAUGUAGAUCAAGUCACACAUUUAACUACUACCGAGAAAGAUGAUUUACAAGAUUCUGCAGAUAUUACCAAGAACAUGACCCCACAGCACAAAAGCCCAAGCAGAACAGGCUCCCGGUCUAAAAGAAGGAAAAAUAAAGAAACAGCUAGUCCUAUCAGCCCAAAUGUACAAAUCACACCAAAUGUUUCUGAUAUAAAACAAGAGGAGGGGGGAAAUACACAGGAGAUGCCCUCUACCCCCAAACAACUUCCAAAAACAAUCACAUUACCAUCGCAAAAACUCCCAGGAGACAAAUCAGGAAUGCAGCUUUUGACUGAAACUAAACAGGAUGAAUUUAAAAAUGAAUUAGAGGGAGCUGCUAAAUCACCUGUCAAUAGAGAUGAACCUGAUACUGCUUGCCGUAGCAGUGAAACAAAAGGGACUAUUGACAAAGAGGGCAACAUUUUACCCAAACAGGGGGAAAUAUCAGAGGAACAGAGCUUUACAUUUACACAAGACAGACAAAACUCCUCAGAGGACAGGAUUGAAACUUCAACAUCCUCCCCAUCAACAGCUCUUUCAGCUAAACGGCAGGUUGAAAUGCCACCUGCAGCAAAUCAGGAGUCAUCUGCUGAACAACCCAAAUUAGAUGAAGAAUUAUCAAUGCAGCUCGAAUCAACAACUAAGCAGGAAGGAAGUACACCAGCUAAAGAAGAAGCAGAACAAAACCAACUUCCUCCCAGCACAGACACACUCCUAAUAUGUCAAGCUGAGACUGAAGAAGUGGAGAAAUUAGAAAUAACGAACAGUGGAAAUCUACAUCAUACUGAGGAGAGAGACAUAGAAAAAACCCAGCAGCUUCUGCCUUCAGACAAAACCCCUACAAAGGAUAAUGUUGCCGACAGUAAGCAAAGUAUCUUAGGGAAAGAGCAGAGUGCUGGAGAAUCAAAACAACCAGAAGCAAACUGUCAAAUAUCAAAAAAUACCACUGGAUCAUCAGCUCUCCCUGUUGAAACACAAAAACCCAGUGAGCCGUUGACUAUACGUCCAGAAAAAGCUGCUAUUUGUACAAGCACCCAGACUUAUGAGGCUGUGAGUGCAACAGAGAGUGAUAAAGAGCCACAGAAGGCAGAGACAGACAAAAAUGUGCCUCCUGAGUCACAACCAGAACUCGCAGAAAGCUCUGGAAUACAAAGUGAGCUGGUGGCGAGAGCAACCAAGCCUGAUUCUGUAUCCAUGGAAAAAUCAGAGAAUUCACUUGAUGACUCAUGUGCACAUGGAGCUAAUGAUGCUGAGCUCUCCGAGUCAAAACCUAUUACCAAAGCAGCUACACCAGAUGAGGGAGUGAGUGCAAAAGGUGCUAGUGACACUCUCGUGAGGGUACUUGCUCAGGUUGAUGUGAUAUACAAGGAAAAGACAGAUUCAACUGCUGAAGAGUCUUCUUGUAUUUCUGACAAUGAAUCUACAUUAGGCAAAAGUCUCAGGGAAGAUGACUGGGAAAAAGGAACUACUGUGCCAACAGUGCAAGAAAUCAGGAACCCAGCUCUUAGCCACACAUGGUCCGAGGAAUCAAGAUGCACAGAGAGUACGAUUGAUGUCUCUUCACUCAAGGAUGCAAAGAAAAUAACUCAGUGCCCUACUGAUAGCAUCACACUUCACUUAACGGGAAAUGAAAAAGAAAAGGCAGCGGAGAAAAUAUUCACUCUCCCAGGGAAUACACUUUCACCUGUUGCUAAUAGUGAUAGUUCCUCACAUUCACAAGUCCACAAAGUCAUAAAGGAGCCAGCUAACAACACGUUGAGUCAAACUCCAACACCUCCUCUACCCCUAGAGGCUAAUAAGCUGAUCCCAGACUCAAUUUACCUUCCAUCCGUGAGGAAACUCAAUUUGCCAAGGGAGCUAAAGAAAGACAAUUCCUCCCAACAGCAAGAAACACCAUCAAGCUGGCUAGAUAUAGAUGUUCCCAAGCACAAGAUAAAAGUCCUGAAGGGAAAACUGACCUCCUCUGGAAGUGAGAGCAACCUGUUGGACACUUCUGGUGAGCUAGAUGAUGAUGAUUUUAUCAAAAAAAUUCAGAAGCUCUGUGCACCAUUCUCUCUCCCACCCCGUAAGCACAACCACCUUCGGACCCCCCAGCAUCCCUUUGUAAUGCCGGCAAUUAGGGAAGACCGUUUUGAGAAGCUGUUUGACCCUGAGGAGUUCACGUUUGGUUUGAGGAAGCAGUCAAAGUUAACUUUAGAAAAAACUCCAAGCCUUUUAGCCAAUCUCAAGAGCUCAGAGACAAAAUUUAGCCUAAUACCUUCUAAGGUGAGCUUUGCCAACAGGAGCCUGCUGCUUAGUGGCCGCAGAGACAAGGAUACUGAAGAAGAGGGAAAAGAAGAGACAGAGGACCAAAUAAAAGUGAAGUCUCGCUUGGAGAGGAGCUGUAUCCUCAGCAGUCUCACCUCCUCUCUUAUUAGAGGUAAGAGAAAUGGAGCUCAGACUCAUUCUGAAGUCACCAGCUCAGACCACUUGUUGCCUAGUGAAGGCCCCCAGCUCGGCCCCCUAACUUCCCCCCAGCUGGCCCCCCAAAGCCCGACAGCCUCAGCUGCAACCAAACUCACAGAAGCCAAGCAGAGUGAAGAGGAAACCUGUGCUGCAGAGACUGUGGUCAGUGACUCAGGUCCUCCAUUUCCUGCUUUUAAUGACAUCAAGCUGCCUGACUAUUUAGAAAAGUACCUCCCACAGCAUCAAGUAAAAGCAGUGCUGGGUUUACAAGGACAGGACCAAGUCAAACCAGAGCUCACAGGGAAAAUGGCAUCUCUGCUUUCUGGAGGUAUGGCAGAUGGAGUCAUAAAACCAGGUCUGGUGCUUCCUGACUCUGCAGCUCCAAGCUUUUCUGAGAUUCCUCUGACCACACACCCUAAGCAUCUUUCCAAGGAACCUUUGACCCAACCACACGAAGCGCUCAGAAAUACCAUAAGAGCUGUCAAGGGAUUUCAUAAACGCCCUGGAAAGAUGGUGCUGUUUGAAAAAGCUCAGUUCAGUGGCCAAGCAUAUGAGAUUUACAGGGAUGUGGCAGAUGCUUCGUCUCUUGUGCUCUCGCCUCUCAUAUCUGUGAAGGUUGUGAGGGGAUGCUGGAUCCUCUACGAGAAGCCUGACUUUCAGGGUCGCACCAUCGCCUUGGAAGAAGGGGAAACAGAUUUGGAGAAUGUGUGGGCAGAGCCUGGCCUACAAACUGAACCACAGAACAGUCCACCAAUUGUUGUUGGCUCCAUGCGACUUGCUGUCAGGGAUUACAGCAUCCCUCAUAUUGAUCUGUUUACUGAGCCAGAGGGCCGGGGCAGAGUGACAGCUUACCACAAUGAUACUAUAGAAACUGGUUCAUUUGGUAUCCCGCUGAAUACCGCUUCUAUCCAAGUCCACUCUGGAGUGUGGCUGGUGUACAGUGAUCCGGGAUUUGGAGGCAUGAUAGGUGUGCUCGAAAAGGGAGUGUAUCCUGUUCCUGAGGCCUGGGGCUUUUCUUCACCAUUUGUGGGAUCUAUUAGACCACUUAAAAUGGGUGGGUUUAAAGUGGAGAAUCCCAAUGAAGUUAAGGCUGUGGUGUAUGAAAAACCCAACUUUGAGGGCUCCUGCUUGGAAAUCGACAGUGAUGUUUUCAGCUUUUGUGAGACAGAAGGUGGCAUCGCUGCAGAUGGGGCAAACCUUGAUACAAAGGAAAUUAAAUCUGUGGGAUCCUUGAAGAUCUUUGGAGGAUUCUGGGUGGGCUACAGCCAGCCCGGAUUUGAGGGUCAGCAGCACAUCCUGGAGGAAGGGGAGUACCUGGACUGCAGCGAAUGGGGAAGCUCUGAGCUUCUGUCACUACGACCAACAAUAUCUGAUUUUCUGUCUCCGCACUUGAAAUUGUUCAGUGACCGAACCUUUGGCAAGAUUGGAGUGGACUUCAACCUUACUGUGCCCGUUGUUAACAUGGGUGACACUCACUACGGCAUCAAGACGCAGUGUAUUGAUGUCAUUAGUGGAGUCUGGGUUGUGUUUGAAGAGCCUGACUUCUACGGCGAGUCCUACAUCCUGGAGAAAGGCCUGUAUGUGAGCCCAGAGGACUGGGGCGGGCUGCAUAACAAAGUUGGCUCAGCUAUGCCUGUCCUGCUGGAUGAUUUUGACAACACUGGCAAGUUUAAGGUGCAGCUUUUCUCUGAUCCCAGUUUCCAGGGAUCUGUCCUCGUCCGGGAGGACAGUGCAAACUGCUUGCAGGAUGGUUUCUCAGUGGCUUCCUGCAAGGUGGUGGCAGGGAGUUGGCAGGCAUUCGAAGGGCAGAACUUCACAGGGAAGAUGUAUGUGUUAGAGGAAGGAAGCUACCCAGAUCUGAGAGCGAUGGGCUGUGUCAGCGGGAGCUCAUCCAUCCAGUCACUGCAGACUGUUGGCAUUGAGUUUUCACUGCCAUCCAUCACUCUGUUCGACCGUUGUGGUUUGCGGGGGAAGAGGGUGGUUCUCACAGAAGGCUCAGUCAACCUUCAGCUGGCUGAAGGGUGCGGUUGUGUCCAGUCUGUGCUGGUGGAAGGAGGCGUCUGGGUAUUAUACGAGGGAAUCAACUAUCGAGGUGCCGAGAUUUUGUUGAAACCUGGCGAGGUUCCUGACUGGCGGAAGCUCAGCAGCUGGCAGAAAAUCGGAUCUCUCCGCCCUCUCCUACAGAAGCAAGCGAACUUCCGUUUAAGAAACCGACAGAGCGGGCUAAUGAUGUCAGUGACCGGUGAUUUGGACGAUGUCAAACUGCUGCGCAUACAAGAAACCGAAGAGACGGAUGGCAUGGAGCAAAUAUGGUCCUACCACAAUGGACAUUUACACUGCAAGCUCUUGGAGGAGUGCAGCCUGUUUCCAAGUGGCAGUGUCACAAUUGCUGGAAGCCGUGUAGGUCUCACCCCAGAGCUCAACAACCACAUCCACCUCUGGAGUAUUACCCCUGAAGGCUUCAUUCACUACAACUCCACUAAUGAUCUUGUCCUGGAAGUCAAAGGUGGACAUCACUACGAUAAAAACCAUGUGAUUCUGAAUAUACGUGACCCAAAUAAACUACAGCAACGCUGGGAUGUGGAGAUCAUUUAAGGGCUGUGCUAAAAGUUUUCCUCAUUAUUCAGGAGAACUAUGUUGGAAACUACAAGGAUGAGCUUUGGCUUCGGAGCUGUGCGAGCUUUUCAUGAAGAGGUCAACAUGGAGAGUUAAUUUUCUAAGAAUGUAUUAUUACCCACCGAGCAUAUAAAGAGUGAGAACUUGAAAAUACUUUCAAUUUUAAGCACUCAUUAAUGUUUCUUUUUGGUUUUGUGUAUAUUUUUUCAAUGGCUUAAUCUGUUUCUACCUGAUAAGUUAAAUAGUAUUACCACUUCUUGUCUAUUUUUAAGUAACAAUAUACCACACUGUACUGCCUUUCAUUCCAGCUGCAUAAAAAAAAGCAAUUAGAAAAUAUGAAAAAAAAUAGCUUUUCUUUUUUGCUUUACCAGAGCUAUUAAAACAAAGCUGUAAAACUAUUUUUGUCAAUAAAUGUCUUAAAUACCUUGUA